UGAUCUACCUUACUGAAUAGCCAGCUAGCUACACCGCUGUCUGUGUAAAAGAGUCGAGGGAAAAUAAUAAAUAAACGAGAAGAACGAACAGUAGACAAGAAGAAAGCCAUAAAGCCAGAAGCCAGAAAUGCAUCACAGUCAACAGCAAAAUAAACCACAUUCACCUACCUCGCAGCCGCCAGUGCCCAUAUCGAUUACGAUAUGCGGUGACGGAGGUUGCGGUAAGUCGUCCAUAACUCUUCGACUAGUACGGUCUCAAUGGACAUCCGAAUACGACCCGACCAUCGAAGAUAGCUACAGCAUCACCAGGCGAAUCGAUGGAACCACCUACCAUCUAUCGCUAACCGACACGGCGGGACAAGAGGAGUAUCGAGGCAUGUGGGCGUCGUCAAAUCUGAACGCCGACGCAUUCCUUCUCGUUUACGACAUCACAUCAUCCGACAGUCUUGAUGCCUUACAUUAUUUCAACGACCUCAUAGACAUGGAGGCGGAGACGCGUCUUGAUAACGCAGCACGGGCUCGGCGGGCCGGCCUGGGAGCGGGAUCCGCGAGAAGAGGCAGCUUAGGGCUAGGCGGAGCUGGUAGCGGGGCAAGGACAAUACCACCGGUCAAGAUUGUGGCCGGCAACAAGUGUGAUUUGCAAGAGUCGCGGCAGGUGCCCGCGGCUCAGGGGCUCGAAUGGGCGCGGAAACGCGGCUGCGGUUUCAUGGAGACGAGUGCUCGACUCGAGGUCAACAUCGAAGAGACAUUCGCCCUCAUCGUUCGCCGAGUCGUCGAGAGCCGUCGUCUUGCCGAGAUGGGCGUCCUCGAUAACACCGACAUGGACCGCCGUGGCGUCACGAAGCCUUUAACGCCGCUCGGCGACAGCGAUGAUCGCGAUACGGAUACGGAAAAGCCUAAGCGCUCAGGUCUGUCAAGAGGCCCACGGUUCGGCGAUGGUCAGAAAUUAGGCUUUGGCAGCAGGGGGAAGGAUGGCUUCUGGAGAAGCUUACGAUGUUGGUAAGGCGGGGUUUUGUCCUUAUUCUUUGGGCAUGUCGGUCGAUUACCGUGCAAAGUGAAUGGAGUUAAAAGGGGGCUUACGGCUGAGG